AUGUCCAGGUUUAUAGACGGAGAUGGUUCAUUUGCUGUUUCCAUUGCUAAGAAGAAAUCAGGGUUAGAUCAAAAAGAUCUAGAUCUUUUGGUCCAAAUUAAAGAUUUCUUUAAAGUAGGUUCUACAAAAGAUUUAAUAAAAUAUAUCUUACCUCAUUUUGACAAAUAUCCUUUAGCUACUGCUAAAUUAAAAGAUUAUUUGGUAUUUAAGAAAAUAAUUCUUCUUAUGGAAAAAGGAGAACAUAAUUACUUGCCAGGUUUAUUAAAAAUCUUCUCACUAAGGGCUAUUUUAAACAAAGGGUUACCGGGUAUAAUAAAAACCGAAUUUCCUUAUAUUAUCCCUGCUAUUCUACCAGAAUUUAAGGUAUCCUCUGACUUUAAUCCUCACUGGUUAUCGGGAUUUAUAGCUGCAGAAGGGUCUUUCUUUAUUUCUCUUUAUAGUAAUGAGAAAAGAAAAGCAGGUUUAAGUCAACAUGUUAAAGAUAUAGAGUUACUAGAAAGACUCGCUAAAUACUUAAAAUGUGGUAGAAUCAGUGAAGCCAGUAACCGUGAAACAGCUGAAUGA